AUGGGACGCAGAGCGUCCUUCGCACAUAUGUUCACGCAAGUCCCUAAGCGGACGCACCUAGUCAUAGCCACCAUCGUCGUCGGGAUCAUGACCAACUACAUGGGCCGCAAAACCAUCAGAAAGAUGCAGAACGCCAACCUGGCGGCGAACAUGGAGAAGUACCGCGGAGACCCGCCGAACUGGUCGUGCUUCUACCACGCAAAGCAGUACCGCGAGGAAUGCUCCGAUUACAACAUACUGAUGGGUGGCGACUACAUCGAGCGCAUAUGCACGAACCUGGAAGCUAAAAUGCGUGACUGCCAGAAAAUGCUGGCGAAGGAAAUUGAAGGCUGCCGGCCCUACGCCAUGGACGCCGCCAUCGAAGUCGACAAUUCACAGCCUUGGCUCGUGAAAUCCACAGGUUCCGGCGCUGCGUAA